CAUUCCACGAGUAUUCAAUUAACGUUAGAUCACUCGGAACGAGGUCAAUUGUAAAAUCUUGUGCUUGAAGUUCGUUAAUGUCACUCCGUGAGGUUCCCCUAUUUCCGCCUUUAUCAUCAAAGUGUAGUCGAAUGGUCUGUAGAAAUAAUAGUUCCUUUUUCUUGAUCGACGCCGAUCAUGAAUGUACCGUGCCAGUGAGGAGAAAUCUUUGAGACGGAACACACGUUUCUGUUUUCUCUGGAGACAGAAAUAUGCCUGGAAACGUGAAUCGAGCGUUCGAGAGCAACGAGCUCGACAUGAUAGAAGCUGGACGUCCAGUAGACUCCUUGAGGAACAAGGCAAUAGCAACUAGCAAGGAGUCAGUCAAUUUUUUGGAAGCAGGGUACAAUAAGUUGGACAAUUUCCUCUCGAAACAUCGCAGAGCUUGCAAAUGUUUAUUUCUGACUUUGUUCAAUAUCAUAAUAUUAAUUUAUUUUAUCUUCGCUACUUUAUACUGGAAGAAUAACAAUUUUGAGAAUGGUUAUAGCUGGUGCCAUGGCUACGGUUUACUAAUCAUCCUUUUAGCGAUCAUCUACGGUGGGAUACUUUAUAGUUCCAUUGUAAAACGAUUCUUCGGGGAAAUAUUCGCAAAGUGUAGUCAGCCGCUCUAUAAUCGCAUCAGAAGUAUCCGAAAUACAAAAUAUGGCAGCUGUGUUAUUCAAACGACGAUAUACUCGUGUAUAUUCUUAGCUAUUGUUAUUUUCCUUAUUUUUGAUACUGCCGAUUCGAGGGAGAGAUUAUUAAGCGGGGUUGGUGUUAUUAUCUUGAUGAGCUUUGGAUGGAUAUUCUCGAAACACCCCAGUCAAAUAAAAUGGAGACCAGUUUUGAGCGGAUUGACCUUGCAAUUCAUGUUUGGUCUUCUAACGAUUCGAUGGGAAGUUGGUCGUGCCAUUUUCCAGUGCCUAGCCGACAAGGUGGCGACAUUUUUAGACUUUGCGAAAACCGGUGCAAGCUUCAUCUUCUCGAAUCAACUGGUUGAUGACGGGGUCUUCGCAUUUUCGGUAUUGCCAGUGAUCUUUUACUUCAGCUUCUUCAUUCAGAUAUUCUACUAUCUGGGUGUCAUGCAAUGGGUGAUCUUAAAGCUCGGUCACAUUCUGCAAAGCGUCAUGGGCACCUCGAUCUGCGAAUCGGUGAUCUGUGCUGCAAACAUCUUUAUUGGAAUGACGGAAUCUCCGUUGGUCAUCAAACCUUAUCUGAAUAAAUUAACCACUUCAGAAUUGCACACUAUCAUGUGCUCGGGUUUCGCCACGGUCUCAGGAACGGUAUUGGCCGCGUACAUUGGUUUCGGUGCGAAUCCGGCCCACUUGAUCACGGCCUCGUUGAUGGCAGCACCGGCAGCACUUUGUUACUCCAAGCUAUUUUAUCCAGAGACUGAAAAGAAUAUCAUCACCAAGGAUAACGUUAGAUUAGAGAAAUCAAAGGACUCAAGUUUAAUGGACGCCGCCAGCAAGGGUGCCUUAGCGGGGAUACCUUUGGUCCUAGGCAUAAUCGCCAAUAUAGUCGCGUUUGUAUCAUUUAUCGCCCUAGUAAAUUCGUUACUCUCUUGGCUGGGUCUCUUAGUAGGUUUCAAGGAAUUAACUUUCGAAUGGAUCUUGUCAAAGGUAUUCAUGCCUCUCAGUUGGAUCAUGGGUGUACCAUGGGAGCAGUGCGAGGAUGUGGCAACUUUGAUCGGUCUGAAGACCGUGGUCAACGAGUUUGUCGCUUAUCAGAAGCUAGGAGAGUACAAGAAUCAGAAAAGAAUCUUUGGUAGAACCGAGGCCAUUGCCACGUUUGCGAUUUGCGGUUUCGCGAAUCCCGGUUCCGUAGGUAUCACCCUAGGUGUCUUGUCCUCAUUGGCCCCUGAUAAGAAGGAAAACAUAACUAGCUCCGUCAUGAGAGCUUUCGUGGCUGGUAGUGCCGUCUGUUUCCUCACAGCUAGCAUCGCUGGACUGCUGAUGCCUGACGGAUCUUUUGAUCUUGCAGUUAAUGCAACGAUUCUGAUGAACACGACUGUUAGUUAACUGGACGAUCACUGUGGAUUUUUACACUGUGGACUGUCAUACACCACGGGCAUCCUUUUUUUUUUGUAAAAUAUUCAUGUAAAUAAGUAGGAUUGAUAAGUAAUCAGAGAGACCAGAUCGUUUUGCUAAACUAUUUUCAUAUUAUUAUACAAUGCUGUAUUUAUAAAAUCAACAUUAAAAUGAAUAGAUAACGCGCGCGGAAUCUACGCAUCAUUUCUCGCGAAUUAUGCAACCCGUGCAAUAUUAAAUGCGAUGGUAAAAUUAAAACUAUGAUAAAAUGUAUGAGAAUCUAAGCUAGUGCAGUUUGUACGUUUUCAGUGAAUAAAUAUACGAUCGUGUAUAUAGUAAGUAA